CAAAAAGAUCACCCAACUUUCUGCAAUACCUGAAAUAUAAAGGGGAUAUAUAAAAAAAAAGAAAAAAAAAAGAAAAAGGAAAAACACAGACACAAAAAUGAUUAAAGAAAAAUUAAAAACACUCGAAAAGAGGUAAUAAUUAUAAUAAUAAAAAAGGAGGAAAAAAAAAAAAAAAAAAAGGGGUGGAAAACAUACCAGAAAGCCGAAGACCUUGCUGCUCUGCACGCACGGCUUUACUUAUCACUCAGAUUCUCUCGGGGCUUUGUCAGCUCCUCCAUACCAAUUUCUUCGUUUUACAUCCCAAACUCUUAGCUCCCUUAUCUCUCUCCCUCUCUCUUUCUCUCAAUUUUUCAGUAAAAACCCAUAAAAAAACCUUGCUUUUUUACUUUAUUUAACGCAUGGCCGACUCUUAUUGGAGGUACAGCGAUGCAAGGCAGCCGCCGUCCUCGGGGAUCACACCCAUGGUCGGGAAGCGGCCUCGUUCCGACUAUGAUGCCAGUAGCCAUGACCUGCCCAGUUAUUUUCCCCAUGAUGAUGACAGAGGCGCACUUCGUGGAGUUAGGGAUACUGAGUCCAUUAAUGCAUCAUAUGACCGUUACUUACGCAGCUCGCAAAUUUCUUCUUAUGGUGGUGGGCAGUCUGCAAGAACCUUAGGUGGGGCAAUACCUAGUCGUUCUGUUGAUGAUCCACGUAUUGUGGGCAUUGGGGGUGUUGACCCAGGGGCAACUGUAAAAGACAGGAACCUGGGAUUUGGAAGUGCAAGGCCCGAGGUUCCCCUCCCUCCUGAUGCUACCAGUACACUAUUUGUGGAGGGAUUGCCUGCCAACUGUACGAGACGUGAAGUAGCUCAUAUUUUUCGCCCUUUUGUUGGCUACAAAGAAGUGAGACUUGUAAGCAAGGAAUCAAGACAUCCUGGAGGAGAUCCUCUGGUACUUUGUUUUGUUGACUUUGUAAGUCCAGCCCAUGCAGCAACUGCUAUGGAUGCAUUGCAAGGUUAUAAAUUCGAUGAGCAUGACCGCGACUCGGUUAACUUAAGGUUGCAAUUUGCUCGCUAUCCUGGUGCGAGGUCAGGUGGCGGGCACCGUGGCAAACGUUGAAACUAUGCGGUUUUUCAGGAUUCACUUGAUUUGGAAAGGUUGUGAUAAUGAGGGGCGAAACAGCAGUUGCAGUCAACAAUUACCGGCACAUAGUUAGGACCAAUUUGAAUCAUGUGGUUUUCGUUUUAAGUUUGGAGCGAUAUUUCUAGAAACGGAGUGUGCUUUUCUGUUAGACAACAGCAAACUAUAUAUUCCUGUUAAUUUUGUUCUGUCUGCAUAGUCGUAAUAACAACUUCAUAGUUGUCGUUAGAUACUGCUCAAUUUUUAUUAGAACUGAACACGAUGAAACUGCAUUUGUCUAUGCUUGGGACCACAGAGUGUGCGAGUAGGUGCUGUAAGCAUUGUAAUCACAAAAAGUAGGUAUCACAAAGUUAGCAGUAUGUUUUAAUUUAUGUGUUUCCACGUUCCUCUCCAAAUUAUUCAACAUUUUAUUCAAUAAAGGAAUAUGAUUCCAUGUGCC